AAACAGACGCAAAUAUAGUGAGAGAAACAUACGCGAAACCUGAUUUCGUAAGUCUAAACUCAUGUCUUAGAGAGAGAACCAAAGGACACGCUUUAACCGAAGCAAAAGAACUCAAAAUUACUCCUCCUCCUCUCUGGAUUCUCCCAAGGCCUUCAAGCCUCUAUUCGCUCCGAUCUGACUCACUGGGCCUCCGUUCUCGCCGUCCCGUUCUCCGCCGCCGAUGAGUUGAAGGGAAGGGGAGAUCGACUUUUUGAAGCUCAUCAAUGGCUGCGCCGGUUAACAUAAUUGUAGGUUCACAUGUAUGGGUGGAGGAUCCGGCGUUGGCAUGGGUUGAUGGUGAAGUUAUCCGGCUCAAUGGUCAAGAGGUCCAUGUUCGGACCAGUAGUGGUAAAACAGUAGUCUCAGAUAUCACAAAAGUGUUUCCGAAGGAUACAGAAUCUCCUCCUGGAGGUGUUGAUGACAUGACAAAGCUUUCGUAUUUACAUGAACCCGGAGUAUUGCAAAAUUUGGCUACCAGAUAUGAACUUAAUGAAAUCUAUACAUACACAGGAAAUAUUUUGAUUGCAAUAAACCCAUUUCAAAGAUUACCUCACAUAUAUGAUACUCACAUGAUGGAACAAUACAAAGGAGCCGCAUUUGGAGAGCUUAGUCCUCAUGUUUUUGCAGUUGCAGAUGUUGCAUACAGGGCAAUGAUCAAUGAAGGAAAGAGCAACUCAAUUUUGGUUAGUGGAGAAAGUGGUGCUGGCAAGACCGAGACAACAAAGAUGCUUAUGAGAUAUCUCGCAUAUCUGGGCGGUCGAUCUGGAGUUGAAGGGCGGACUGUUGAACAACAAGUUUUGGAAUCCAAUCCGGUUCUCGAAGCAUUUGGCAAUGCCAAAACAAUUAGGAACAACAACUCAAGUCGUUUUGGGAAAUUUGUCGAGAUACAAUUUGACAAAAGUGGGAGGAUAUCUGGGGCCGCAAUACGGACUUACCUACUCGAAAGGUCUCGUGUUUGCCAGAUUUCAGAUCCAGAAAGGAACUACCACUGCUUUUAUCUUCUUUGUGCGGCACCACCUGAGGUUCGCGAGAAGUACAAGUUGGGAGAUCCUAAAUCUUUUCAUUACUUAAAUCAGUCCAAGUGUUAUGAACUCGACGGAGUAGACGAUGCUCAUGAAUAUCUUGCAACUAGGAGGGCUAUGGACAUUGUUGGAAUUAGUGAGGAAGAGCAGGAGGCAAUAUUUAGGGUUGUGGCUGCAAUCCUUCAUCUUGGUAACAUUGAAUUCGCGAAAGGGAAGGAGAUUGACUCUUCUGUCAUUAAGGAUGAAAAGUCUAAGAUGCAUCUUAAUAUGACGGCUGAGCUGCUCAGGUGUGAUGCCAAGAGCUUGGAAGAUGCGAUGAUUCAGCGUGUAAUGGUGACACCCGAGGAAGUAAUUACAAGAACGCUUGAUCCUGAAGGUGCUCUUGGUAGCAGGGACGCGUUAGCUAAAACCAUAUACUCUCGCUUAUUUGACUGGAUCGUGGAGAAAAUAAACAAUUCAAUUGGGCAGGAUCCAAAUUCAAAAUCGAUUAUUGGAGUUCUUGAUAUAUAUGGAUUUGAAAGCUUUAAGCACAAUAGCUUUGAGCAGUUCUGUAUCAAUUUUACUAAUGAAAAGCUGCAACAACAUUUCAACCAGCAUGUGUUUAAGAUGGAACAGGAAGAAUAUACCAAAGAAGAAAUAAAUUGGAGCUACAUCGAAUUUGUUGAUAACCAAGAUGUGCUUGAUCUGAUUGAGAAGAAACCUGGAGGAAUUAUAUCACUUCUAGAUGAAGCCUGUAUGUUUCCUAAAUCUACUCAUGAGACAUUUGCCCAGAAGUUGUACCAGACAUUUGCGAAAAACAAGCGCUUCGCUAAACCUAAGCUUUCUCGAACUAGUUUCACCAUUGCUCACUAUGCAGGAGAUGUGAUUUAUCAGGCUGAUCUGUUUCUUGACAAAAACAAAGAUUAUGUGGUGGCAGAACACCAGGAUCUAUUGACAGCCUCAAAGUGCCCCUUUGUGGUCGGUUUAUUCCCUCCACUUCCAGAGGAAUCGUCAAAGUCAUCCAAAUUUUCUUCCAUUGGGUCACGCUUUAAGCUUCAACUUCAGUCUCUAAUGGAAACCUUGAGUUCAACGGAACCUCAUUACAUCAGAUGUGUGAAGCCAAACAAUGUACUGAAGCCUGCUAUUUUUGAGAACCUCAACAUAAUUCAACAAUUACGUUGUGGAGGUGUUCUUGAGGCAAUAAGGAUCAGCUGUGCAGGAUACCCAACAAGGCGAACGUUCUACGAGUUUCUACUCCGUUUUGGUGUUCUUGCUCCUGAAGUUUUUGAUGGAAACCAUGAUGACAAGGUUGCAUGCCAGAUGAUUUUGGAUAAAAUGGGAUUGAAAGGUUAUCAGCUAGGCAAGAGAAAGGUCUUCCUGCGAGCUGGUCAAAUGGCUGAGCUCGACACAAGAAGGGCAGAGGUUCUUGGGAACGCGGCUAAAAGAAUUCAAAGGCAAGUUCGUACUUACAUUGCUCGCAAGGAGUUCAUUUCAUUACGCAAAGCUGCUAUUCAGGUGCAAUCAAGUUGGCGAGCAAUGCUGGCUUGCAAGCUAUAUGAGCAGUUGCGUCGGGAAGCAGCCGCUCUGAAGAUCCAGAAGGAUUUCCGACGUCAUAUUGUCAGGAAAUCCUACUUAACUGUACGAUCAUCUGCAAUUACAUUACAGACAGGGUUAAGGGCUAUGACUGCUCGCAAUGAAUUCAGAUUCAGGAAGCAAUCUAAGGCCGCAAUCAUUAUCCAGGCUCAUUUGCGUCGUCACAUAGCAUAUUCCUAUCAUAAGAGCCUUCUUAAAGCUGCUAUUGUUUCCCAAUGUGGUUGGAGACGAAGAGUUGCUCGGAGAGAGCUCAGGAAGCUCAAAAUGGCCGCAAGAGAAACAGGGGCCCUUCAAGAAGCAAAAAACAAGCUAGAAAAGCGUGUGGAAGAACUUACAUGGCGGUUACAGCUUGAGAAGCGGCUAAGGACUGAUUUGGAAGAGUCAAAGGCCCAAGAAAUUGCGAAGUUACACGAUACUUUGCAGGCAAUGCAAAUACAAGUAGAAGAGGCAAACGCCAGAGUUAUCAAAGAACAAGAAGCGGCACGCAAAGCUAUCGAAGAAGCGCCUCCUGUAGUAAAGGAGACCCCGGUCAUAGUUCAAGACACAGCAAAGAUUGAUUCGUUAACAGCUGACGUAGAAAGUUUGAAAGCUUCGCUCCUUUCCGAAAGACAGGCAGCUGAAGAAGCCAGGAAGGCUCGUACAGAUGCUGAGGUCAGAAAUGCAGAGCUGGUCAAUAAACUUGAAGAUUCAGAGCAUAAAGUGGACCAACUUCAAGAUUCUGUACAGAGGCUUGAGGAGAAACUUUCCAAUACAGAGUCAGAGAAUCAAGUCCUUCGUCAGCAGGCAUUGACCAUGUCACCCACUGGGAAACAAUUGUCUACGCGGCCAAAGACAACUAUUAUUCAGAGAACUCCAGAGAAUGGAAAUGUUCUACAUGGGGAACCAAAGACUCCAAAGGACAUGACUCUUGCUGCAUCAAAUCCACGGGAGCCUGAAUCUGAAGAAAAGCCACAAAAAUCUCUUAAUGAAAAGCAACAAGAGAACCAGGACCUUCUAAUCAAGUGUAUUACGCAAGACUUGGGAUUUUCAGGGGGCAAGGCAAUUGCUGCUUGUGUCAUAUACAAAUGCCUCCUUCACUGGAGGUCAUUUGAGGUUGAAAGAACUAGUGUAUUUGACCGUAUAAUUCAAACAAUUGCUUCUGCCAUCGAGGUGCAAGAAAAUAAUGACGUGUUAGCAUACUGGUUAUCGAAUACAUCAACUUUGUUGUUGCUACUCCAACACACACUCAAAGCAAGUGGGGCUGCUAGCUUGACUCCGCAGCGGCGAAGAUCAACUUCAGCUUCUCUUUUCGGGAGGAUGUCUCAAGGACUAAGAGGAUCUCCCCAAGGUGCUGGGCUCUCUUUUCUUAAUGGUAGAGUCCUUGGUAGACUGGAUGACUUAAGGCAAGUUGAGGCCAAAUAUCCUGCUUUGUUGUUUAAGCAGCAGCUCACUGCCUUCCUGGAGAAAAUAUACGGAAUGAUUAGAGAUAAUCUAAAGAAAGAGAUUUCUCCGUUGCUCGGGUUAUGUAUCCAGGCACCUAGGACGUCUAGAGCGAGUUUACUGAAGGGUCGUUCCCAAGCUAAUGCUGUUGCUCAACAAGCUCUGGCUGCUCAUUGGCAAAGCAUCGUGAAAAGCCUAAAUAACUACUUGAAGAUGAUGAAAGCAAACUAUGUUCCCCCUUUCUUAGUACGCAAAGUAUUCACGCAGAUAUUCUCGUUCAUGAAUGUGCAGUUAUUCAACAGUCUUCUUUUGCGACGUGAGUGUUGCUCAUUCAGUAAUGGGGAGUACGUAAAAGCGGGUUUAGCUGAAUUGGAACAGUGGUGUUGCAGCGCAACUGAGGAGUAUGCAGGCUCAGCUUGGGAUGAACUGAAGCACAUUAGACAGGCAGUUGGAUUCCUGGUUAUACAUCAAAAGCCAAAAAAGACGUUGAAUGAAAUAACGAAUGAACUUUGCCCUGUGCUCAGUAUACAACAACUAUACAGGAUAAGUACAAUGUAUUGGGACGACAAAUAUGGCACACACAGUGUGUCUUCAGAUGUUAUUUCGAGUAUGAGAGUUUUGAUGACAGAGGACUCGAACAAUGCUGUAAGCAGUUCAUUUCUGCUGGAUGAUGAUUCAAGUAUUCCUUUCUCUGUGGAUGACAUCUCCAAGUCAAUGGAACAAGUAGAGGUAGCGGACAUCGAACCUCCACCAUUGAUUCGUGACAACUCGGGGUUUGCGUUUCUACAUCAACGCACAGACUGAGACAUCACGGUGCAUUGUUGUACCCCUUUGUGCUAUCAGACUCUGCUCAGCAAUCCAUGUCCGUAAAACUGUGCAUACCAAUCCUAUAGCUUGUCACGGCAUCCAUGUGUAUCUACAUAUUCAUUUUUUUGUUUACCCAAACGGAUCUUUCUUUUUGAUCUGGUCCGUUCAUUUUUAACCUCGUGAUCUAUCCACGCGAGGAGUAUUCUUUUGGAUUUUUUUUAAGGGUGAUCAAAUGCAUGUUUAGGAACAUGCAUUGGUCUCAAAGAACUUUGUCACAUCGACAAGGAGCUUCUUUCACAUUGGUUUGUUGGGUUUUCAUGUCAUGUAGUGCUUUUAGGAAGCACCACAUGAUUAUUGUAGGUCAUUAGUUGUGUUAGUGUGGAAGCAAAAUGUAUAUGAGGGUGAUGUGAUUUUGUUGUUUACAGAGAUCUCUCUACGUAUCUCUGCAUUGUAAAUUAUUUACUUUUUUUUAUGUUAUGAUGCAUCCUGUAUUGUAUUGAA